CUGAAUAAUGCAUUGCCCGGGGACUCCAGUGGCCGCAGAGGACAAUGCUGGACCCCGGCGUGCGACUGCUGUCUGAGCUGGAAAGAUGUCUCACUAUCAUUUUAUCAAGUGCUGUUGCUUUCAGCUAUGUAAUGUUUUUCGAACCCAUGAAAUGGAAAUUGACCAGUGCCUGCUGGAGUCCCUUCCCCUUGGCCAACGGCAGCGGCUGGUGAAACGCAUGCGUUGUGAGCAGAUCAAAGCCUACUAUGAAAGAGAGAAGGCUUUUCAGAAGCAGGAAGGAUUCCUGAAAAAGCUGAAGCAUGGCAAGAAUCAAAAAGUUCAUUUCAACCUCGCUGACAUGAUACGGGAUGCGAUCAUCCACCACGAUGACAAAGAAGCGCUGCGGCUCCUGAAGGAGGGCGCGGAUCCGCACACCCCUGUUUCCUCAGGAGGGUCCCUGCUGCAUCUGUGUGCUCGGUAUGAUAAUGCCUUCAUUGCCGAGAUCCUGAUUGACAGAGGGGUCAAUGUCAACCACCAGGACGAAGACUUUUGGACACCUAUGCACAUUGCCUGUGCCUGUGAUAAUCCUGACAUUGUCCUGCUGCUUAUAUUAGCUGGAGCCAAUGUCCUUCUGCAGGAUGUUAAUGGGAAUAUCCCAUUGGAUUACGCCAUGGAAGGGACAGAAUCUAGUUCCAUCCUGCUGACCUAUCUGGACGAAAAUGGCGUGGACCUGGGCUCGCUGCGCCGGCUGAAGCUGCAGAGGCCGGCCAGCAUGCUGACGGAUGUCCAACGCUUCCUGUCCGGUGGCGGAAACGUCAACGAGCAGAAUGACGACGGGGUGACGCUGCUACACAUGGCGUGUGCCAGCGGCUACAAGGAGGUGGUGUCUCUUCUCCUCGAACAUGGCGGGGACCUCAAUGUAGCAGACAAUCAGUACUGGACCCCUCUCCACUUGGCAGCAAAGUAUGGCCAGACAAACCUGGUGAAACUUCUUCUGAUGCAUCAGGCGAAUCCAAACCUUCUGAACUGCAAUGAAGAGAAGGCGUCAGAUAUCGCUGCCUCUGAGUUUAUUGAGGAAAUGCUUCUGAAAGCUGAAAUUGCCUGGGAAGAAAGGGUCAAAGAGCGUUUAUCUGUUCCUGCCUUGACCGCAGAGCAGCCCUAUGAGGAGAUUCUCCAUGACCUCCCAGCCCUGCCCAGCAAGCUCAGUCCCCUGGUGUUGCCCAUCGCCAAGCAAGACAGUAUGUUGGAAAAAGAUAUUAUGUUCAAAGAUGCAAAAAAAGGUCUAUGCAAGCGACAGUCCCAGGACAGCGUCCCCGAAGAUUCCACCGAGAACGGCCCCACCAAACCCGAGCAGGUCAAGCUGACGCCUCCCGCUCCCAGUGACGACCUGGCGACGCUCAGUGAGCUCAAUGAUGGCAGUCUGCUUUAUGAAAUUCAGAAGCGCUUUGGGAACAAUCAGAUAUACACUUUUAUUGGAGACAUCCUCUUGCUUGUUAACCCUUUCAAAGAGCUUCCAAUUUAUUCCACCACGGUCUCGCGGCUGUACCUGAGCAGCGCGGGGCGGCCGUGCGCCUCGCUGCCGCCGCACAUCUACUCCUGCGCCGAGCGGGCCUUCCACCAGCUCUUCCGGGAGCGGCGGCCGCAGUGCUUCAUCCUCAGUGGAGAAAGAGGAUCGGGCAAGUCAGAAGCCAGCAAACAAAUAUUGAGACACCUAACAUGCAGAUCUGGAUACAGCAGGCCUAUGUUUGAGUCCAAAUUUAAACACGUCAUAUGCAUCUUGGAAGCCUUCGGGCACGCCAAGACCACCCUGAACGACCUGUCCAGUUGUUUCAUAAAGUACUUGGAGCUACAGUUCUGCGAGAGGAGGAAACACCUAACAGGAGCCAGAAUUUAUACUUACAUGCUCGAGAAAUCCAGACUUGUUUCACAACCUCUUGGCCAGAGCAAUUUUCUCAUUUUCUACUUGUUGAUGGAUGGGUUAUCUGCUGAAGAAAAAUACGGACUUCACCUUAAUAAUUUAUGUGCGCACCGGUACUUGAGCCAGCCCCGGCCGGAAGACGUCUCCACAGCGGAGCAUUCUCUGAACAGGGAGAAAUUCGCUCUUUUGAAACAAGCCCUGAAUGUCGUUGGCUUCAGUAACGUGGAGGUGGAGAAUCUGUUCGUGAUCCUGGCAGCGAUUUUACACAUUGGAGACAUUCGGUUCACAGCGCUGACCGAGGCCAACUCCGCGUUUGUCUCUGACCUCCAGCGUCUGGAACAAGUGGCUGAGAUGUUGCAAGUGGCGAGUGACGAGUUGGUGUCGGCUCUGACCACCGACAUCCAGUACUUCAAAGGAGACACCAUCAUCCGACGGCACACAGUACAGAUGGCUGAAUUUUACCGAGAUCUCUUGGCCAAAUCCCUGUUCGGUCGUUUGUUUAGCUUUUUGGUGAAUGCCAUGAACAGGUGCCUCCAGAGCCCGGAGGAGCACAGCAGGGGGAAGGAGCGCAGAGAAGGGCUGUGUUUAGGAACCACGUGGACACACGUGAUAUCCGUGGGCUACGCGGAGGCUGCUUUGCUUUGUGUCAACAUGACCAAUGAGAAGAUGCACCACUACAUCAAUGAAGUGCUUUUUCUACAGGAGCAAACAGAAUGUGUACAAGAGGGAGUUACCAUGGAAACAGCUUAUUCUCCUGGUAACCAGACUGGAGUUUUGGAUUUUUUUUUCCAGAAGCCAUCUGGAUUUCUCUCGUUACUGGAUGAAGAAAGUCAAAUGAUUUGGUCAAUGGAACCAAAUCUUCCCAAAAAGCUACACAGUCUCCUAGAAUCUUCAAACACAAAUGCAGUCUAUUCCCCCAUGAAGGAUGGGAACGGGAAUGUGGCGCUCAAAGAUCAGGGCACGGCGUUCACAAUCAUGCACUACGCGGGAAGGGUAACAUAUGAAAUCAUUGGAGCAAUUGAAAAAAAUAAAGACUCCCUUUCGCAGAAUCUUCUGUUUGUCAUGAAAACCAGUGAGAACGCGCUGAUCGGUCACCUGUUCCAGUCGAAACUGUCACAGACAGGAUCCCUUGUAUCUUCCUAUCCGUCUUUUAAGUUCAAAGGACAUAAAUCCGCCCUGCUCAGUAAGAAAAUGACGGCUUCUUCAGUUAUUGGAGAAAACAGGAAUUAUCUAGAACUUAGUAAGUUAUUAAAAAAGAAAGGAACUUCUACGUUUCUUCAAAGACUAGAACGGGGAGGUCCCGUCACAAUUGCAUCACAACUCAGGAAAUCUCUAGCAGAUCUUAUCGGAAAACUUCAGAUGCGCACGCCCCACUUUGUUCAUUGCAUCAAACCCAAUAACUCAAGGCUGCCAGAUACCUUUGAUAAUUUUUAUGUGUCUGCUCAGCUACAAUACAUCGGAGUCCUGGACAUGGUGAAGAUGAUCCGAUAUGGAUACCCCGUUCGCCUUUCCUUCUUGGAUUUCCUGUCAAGGUACAAGCCAUUGGCUGACAUGCUCCCGGGCGAGAAGCAGCAGCUGUCUGCAGAGGAGAGAUGUCGCCUUGUCCUCCACCGGUACAAAUUACAAGACUGGCAGAUGGGAGUCCGAAAAGUGUUUCUAAAAUACUGGCAUGCCGGCCAGCUCAAUGAUCUGUGCCUACAGCUGCAGAGGAAAAUUAUAACCUGCCAGAAAGUCAUAAGAGGGUUUCUAGCUCGCCAGCACUUGCUUCAGAAAAGGAGCAUCAGACAGCGAGAGGUCACGUCCAUCAACAGCUUCCUGCAGAUUACCGAGGACAUGGGGCUGAAGACCUACAAUGCCCUGGUCAUUCAGAACGCUUCUGACAUCGCACGUGAAAAUGACCGGCUCCGGAAUGAAAUGAAAGCCACUCACCAUCAAGAAAAGGUGGAGGCCAGAAACAAGCCAGACGAAGGAGCGAAAAGGGCCGAUGACAAGGGGGGACCCAGGCAUGUCCACUACGCCUCCAUCCCGGUGCCCAUGGCGGUGGAUGGCCUGCUCCAGUCUCUGGCCGGCCCGUCCACCCGGUCUCCUUCUCUGCACUCGGUGUCCAGCCUGGAUGACAGCAGCAGCCUCCCGUCACCACGGAAACAGCCUCCGCCCAAGCCAAAGAGGGACCCCACCACGCGGCUGAGUGCCUCCUACGAGGCUGUGAGCGCCUGCCUGUGGGCGGCCACCAGGGAGUCGGCCAGUGAAGCUCUGGCCCGGCCGCGACCGCACAGCGACGACUACAGCGCGGUGAAGAAGGUGCCCCCCCGCAAGCCCCGGCGCAGCCCCGACACCAAGCUCAGCGGCUCCUCCGAGGAGCUGGCGGGCGCGCGGCGCGGGGGCGGCCCGAGGGCCGACGCGCCCAGGGCGCACCAGCCGCCACACUCCGCGCCUGCCGGGGGCGCCUGUGGCCCGCUGCCCAAGGCCCCCUACUCCCCCAGCAGGGCCGCCAGGGCCGAGCACCGCAGGGCCAGCGCCAGCCCCUCCUCCCCGCUGCCCUGCAGCCCCCCGAACUGCAGAGCCCUCGGCAGCCCCCUGGACGAGCUGACCAGCCUCUUCAACUCCGGCAGGAGCGUGCUCCGCAGGUCGGCGGCCGGGAGGAGGAUCAGGGACCCCGCAGGUUUUGAGACUAACAUGAACCUAACUGGCCGCGAUGAUCCUGGUAGAUCAGAAAUUGUAUCCGAGACCCAAGAUAGAAAUGCAAAUAACCAUGGAAUUCAAUUAUCUAAUUCACUCUCAAGCGCUAUCACGGCAGAAAAUGGGAAUUCCGUCUCAAAUGGUGUAGCUGAGGAAGACAGAUUCUCCAGGUUUUCUGUGAGCGGCUUCCCGACCUCGUUUCAGAGACAGAGAGAGGGCCACACCACUCAGGUCAUCCAUCAGCUGCGGCUCUCAGAGAACGAAAGCGUGGCCCUGCAGGAGCUCCUGGACUGGAGGCGGAAGCUCUGCGAGGGGAGAGAAGACUGGCAGCGCCUCCUGCACCCCACGGAGCCCAGGGCACCUCCCCCUCCCCCCUGCAAGAAGCCCACGCUGGUCAAGAAGCCCGACGGGGCCUCCUGCGGCCGGCUGCCUUCCGAGCUGUGGGACUCCACCAUGUGAGGGCCGCACGGCAGGUGCAAGGAGCAACACUGCCACCCCAUCUCCGGUGCUCCCUGCAGCGUGGACCCAGUGCCACCCAGGACAGGCCAGCAGAGGCCGCCAGAUUCUGCGCGUACUUACGCGCAUGCGUGUGCGUCCCUGCGCGCUCUGCCUGUGCGCAUUCCUCCCCGCCCGUUCGGUGGGAUACACUCCACCUCCAGGCUCCAUGGCCCUCGGGCUGUGUGGCCCCUACGUGGCCAGAAAAGGGCCUGGAAAGACGUGGGGGAGGGAGAGGUGCGGGCGAGGAGGGGUGCGCACGCUGUACAGUAGAGACGACCACGUGUCCCCGCGUCCGUUGCUUUCCUAGAACACACUGUACGGGACACACGUUCCAUUUCUUUGUAGGUGUGGUGUUUCCCUGGACUGACAACGCUGAUCCCGAUUUACAUGUUUGUUGCCGUUUUACAACUUUAUGCAAUCGGUGGUGCUCCCUUCAAAACACACGUUUGAAAGACAUCGUUUCUAGAAUUUUCUCUCCUCCACACGCUUUUCUUUUUUAACCCGAAGGACCGAAACCCCUCAAGAGUGCCCUCGCUUCGGCCCCGCCCGUGUCCAGCCUGCACGCGCAUGCGCCGAGCCCCGAGUUUUCCGUUUCCCUGAUGGGGAGGCCGCACCCCCCUGUGCUGUGUCUCCGCUUACGUGCGUCGUGAGUUCCUUCCAUCCACGGCGUCCUCUCCUAGGGUCACCAUGGGUCACGGGAGCUCAGACACCUGUGGCUUCACCUCCGCAGCUGGUGGGGUGACAGGGUCACGCCCGGUGAGACGUCUACGAGACCCGGAGGAUCGCGCUGAGACUUGCGGCCGGGGGCAGAGAGGCUGUGUCUGGGUGGCCGUCCCCUCUGGGCCGCGUGGCUCCCCUGCUGUGUGUCCUCAGCGGCGGCGGGGACGUCCUCGGCCCUGCCGUCAGAGGGCGCUGUCCCGCUGCCAGGAACGCUGCGUGCAGAGCAGCCUCUGCGGAGUCCCCCGACCAAUAAGGGGCAGCUGUGCUCCUCCGCUUGUGCUUAGGUGUUGCUGCUGCCGUCCCCGCUGCCCGCCCUCUGUUCCUCCCACCGGGUCCUGCAGGCUGCGGGCCCCAGUGGACUAGAAUAAAGACUUCAUGGAUUACCCAGACAUAA